AUGUCUAACGAAUUGUUCUACGCCGACUCUGAAAGUCCAAUUGUUCUCCUUUCUGCAAAAAAGCACUUUGAUCAAUUGUCUACCCCUGAGUUGAAAAAAUAUGCUCACCAUUUGUCGAGGGCCUCAUUUAGAGGUACUAAAGUUGUAUUACGAUCAGUUUCGCCCGAGAGUGAAAAAAUCUAUGGCUUGAUUAUUGGCAUCCACGAGGCAUUGGGCCAACCAAAGUCAAAUGAAGAGUAUUUUGCCCGUGUUAAAGACUUGGACGAGCAGGAUAUUUUGCACUAUUUGGAGUAUGCGUCGCAGUUCUUGAGUAAUUUGGGCAACUACAAGUCAUUUGGUGACCGCAAGUUCAUACCCAGAGUAUCCCCUGAAAAGUUUGAAAUUUUAGUUCGCCAAUUGAACAACGAAAAACUUCUUGGUUGGUUUUUGCUGAAAAAAAAGGGUAUCUACAACACGGACAAGGGCUUAUUGGGCUACCCUGACAAGGGUCUACUUUCAACUUAUUACCCAGACUCGGAAAUUUCUCAAGCGGAAAUCGAUGCUGUUAACCACGUGUUGAAAGUUGAAGGCAUUAUGCCGGAAAACACCAGAGUUACCAAGAAUCCGACUGAAUUUGGUGUCUUGGUUGCGUCGGCUCUGGGAAAGAACUUGUAUGAAGAUCUCGAUUUGAAGACUGACUCGGGCGUGCCAAUCAAAUUUCAUUUUGGUGACCACUACAGAGAUUUCAAGUUGAUUGUGCAAGAACUAGAACAAGCCUUGAAAUAUGUUGCUAAUGAAACACAGGCUAAAUUGAUCCAAUACUAUAUCGACGCAUUCAAAACCGGUGACAUGCAAGCCCACAAAAAGUCUCAAAUCGAAUGGGUUAAAGACAUCAAGCCCGAGGUCGAGUCUAAUAUCGGUUUCAUUGAAACUUAUAGAGACCCCUCUGGAGUAAGAGGCGAAUGGGAAGGUCUCGUUGCAAUGGUCAACCACGAACGUACUGCCAAGUUUUCAUCUCUUGUUGAAAAUGCCGGGAAAUUCAUUGCCCAAUUGCCCUGGGACUCGAUUUACGAAAAGGAUACUUUUACCCCACCCGAUUUCACCUCGUUGGAAGUGUUGACCUUUGCCGGUUCAGGAGUGCCAGCAGGCAUCAACAUCCCCAACUACGAUGAUGUUCGCUUAAACUAUGGAUUCAAGAAUGUCAGUCUUGGUAACGUUUUGUCGGCCAACCCAAAGAACCCCAAAAAGGAAGAAGUCAUUACAUUUAUCGACGAACAGGACUUGUUCAAGAAAUGGAGAGACGACGCGUUUGAAGUUCAAGUUGGCUUGCACGAGUUGUUAGGUCACGGAACGGGUAAAUUGUUGCAGGAGGUUUCACCCGGUAAUUUCAACUUUGAUAAGCUGGACGAGCGUAUCAAGACAUGGUAUGAACCAAACCAGACAUGGGGAGGACUAUUUGGUUCUAUUGCGGGAUCAUACGAAGAAUGCCGUGCUGAAUUAGUGGCACUCUAUUUAAUUUUAAAGAAUCCAACAGAAGUUCUCCCCAUUUUCGGCAUCACUUCAGAACAAGACCAAAAGGAAACAUGUUACAUUGCAAGUUUACUCAUGGUACGUGCAGGUCUUCUCGGUUUGGAGUUCUGGGACCCACAAGCUUCGAAAUGGGGACAACCUCACAUGCAGGCACGCUUUGCCAUAAUGAAACAACUCCACAAGGCAGGCGUCUUUAAAUUCACGUACUCGCUGGCACCAGACUUUUCAGAUCUCAAGAUUGUACUUGACGAGGCCAAGCUUCACGAUGGAACUGCCGUGGAUGCACUCGGCGAGUUUUUGGGAAACUUGCACGUGUUCAAGUGCACGGGAAACAGAGACGGUGGUGUUGAAUAUUACUCGGAAAAGAGCGAUGUUGGACCCGAGUACUCUCAAUUUAGAGACAUUGUGUUGAAAGAGAAGAAACCCAGAAAACAGUUGAUUCAAGCAAAUACCGUGUUGAAAGAAGAUGGAUCGGUCGAGUUGAUUGAGUAUGAAGAAAGCGAGGCUGGAAUGAUCCAAAGUUUCUUCGAUAGAGGUGUUAGAGUAGAAUAA